CCGGCCAGAUGGGGAAUGCGCAAGCUCCGGCCUGGCCAGCCCCACGGCUCCCUGGCAGCUCCAUGAUGGCGCUCAGGCGGCGGCGGCCGCGGCUGCUGCUUUUUCUCCUCCUCCUCCUCGUCCCUCUGCUCCGCUGCAGAGUCUUGGCUGUUGAGCUGACAUCUGUCAACACACAACCUGUGGUGCAGGAAUUUCAGCGUGCUGACCUUUCCUGCAUCAUUUCCUCCACCAAGACCCCCAGCCCCAGGAUUGAGUGGAAGAAAAUCGUAGGCAAGGACACUACCUAUGUCUAUUACGAUAAUAAGAUGCAAGGAGACUGGGGGAACCGGGCACAGCUUCAGGGCAGGACGUCGCUUGUCAUUCACAAUGUGACCCGUGCUGAUAAAGGCAUUUACCGGUGUGAGGUGGUGGCCCCCGACGAUGUAAAUAUUGGAGCGGAGAUCAAUGUCAACCUGACCGUUCAUGUGAAACCAGUGGCUCCCAAGUGCCGAGUGCCCCCGUCUGUGCCUGUGGGCAAAUCUGCCACCCUCCACUGCCAGGAGAAGGAAGGCUUCCCAGAACCGACUUACAGCUGGUACCGCAACGCCGACUCUUUGCCGUCCGACUCCAGAUCUAACCCCAAGUUCCAGAACUCUUCUUUCAGUGUGAACUCAAAAACAGGUACUCUGAUCUUCACAGAGGUACACAAAGGAGACACGGGCCGUUACUACUGCAUAGCGACCAACAACGUGGGCUCUGCCAAGUGUGAAGAACAGCAGAUGGAAGUCUAUGACCUGAACAUUGCCGGAAUCAUUGGAGGUGUCUUGGUGGUCCUUGCGGUCUUGUUGUUGACCACCGUGGGAAUCUGCUGUGCCUACAGGAAAGGGUUCUUCGUAAACAACAAACAGAAUGGGAACAGCUAUAAGACACCAAGCAAGCCAGAUGGCGUGAACUACAUCUGCACAGAUGAAGAGGGUGACUUCAGACACAAGUCCUCAUUUGUUAUAUGAAAUGCCGAGAAAUUGGAUUUUGCCCACCAGCAAGAAUGGAGCGUGGAAAUAAAAUACCUCCAUCUGGAACUCUUUCAGCAAGAGCAGAUAACAAACAUUGCGUGGCCAGCGGCCUUUAGCGAGAGCGAGCCCAGACCAUAUGUGCACCUGUGUGCAAACCUGAUUUUACUUUUUUUUCUCCUGCCAAAGCCAAGCCGUGAUUUUUAACAACCAAAGCGAUUUCUUUCUUCCCAGAAGGUAACCCACGGAUCACUUUGGCCAAGCAGAUGCAUUGGAAACUUUGGCUGGAGAGAAAGAUGGCUUCGAAGUAUCCGCCUCCCCUUUCUGGAUCCACGCUUUUACAACCCUGAGGGAAGUUGCCAGGGCUACCUUUGGUCACAGGGUUACAAACUGUUGAGGUAUCUCAGUUUGACGAGGGACAAAUUGAUCUUCAAAUGAGUAUCUGGUUUUGCUUUUAUUUUUUUUAAGGUGUACACAAUAGCUGUAGAACGAGGAGAAAACUCCCACUGCCAGCCCAGUGUUGGGAUCUAAUUCAGAAGGCCAUGGGUAUGAUGGACUUCACCACUGGCAGAAUCUGUUAGGAUCCUCUGCGCCCCCCCCCCCCAACCAUAUUAAAAGCACAGUAAUACCAGUGUGUAGGGAAAGGGAAGAAAAAAGAAGAAGAAGCUAUUUGGCCACUCAGACAGCUCCCGCAAAAUGCCCCCGCCAACAGCAUCGCCUCCCACCAAAAGGGUGCCGCUUUCCAACAGCCGUGCAAGAAAAGCGCCAAUCAACACCUUACAACGGCAGGGAUGCCGUGACAUUAUCCGACAGCUCAGUUCUUACCCAGAGUGCCAUGAAGAAACACCAGCGCCUUCCCUCACAGAGCUUCCUGUGGCCCAGUAGUUAGGGGGCUGGCAACAGACAUCCCUGGGGAAAGGGUCCCAGGCCCACUGAGGUCUUGCCCCGUAUCUUUGCAAGCUGCAGGGCAGACAGCAGAACGAUGGGUGUACCACUCCACCUAGCAUGGUCGAAGCCUCCUCCAUGCACACAGGGAAAUUCCCUGGGUUUAGAAAUCUAACCAGAAGGGUUAGAAUCCUCUUUUCCAUGACCAGCUGGUUUUCCCACAUGCAAGGAGUUGGUUGUAUGGAGGAGCAUCCGGUCAGGUGAGGCCUUCCCAAGUCAGAAGUGGUUCAGUUUAAGUCCAGGUAAACCAUCAGAAUUUGACUUUGGGGUUUUGCCAGCAUAAGGGCCUAUUCUCACCCAGCCUGUGAAAUCAGGUAAUAGGAUUGGGUGGUCAGCUUGGCUGGCAAUUCGAAUGAAAAUUUUCCAGCAAGUGCUUCUCCUCCUCCUCAAAAGAUACAAGGAUCUGCCGUCUGUGGGGGGCCGGGUCGCACCCCACGCCUUGUCCGCUCUUCCUGGACAGCUGCCAUGCCCUGCUUGUCUUCCAGCACUCUCAGAUCUGGGUUUGAUUAUUCUAAGCAACUUUCUCCAGAGUGGGACCAAGCUAUGCAGCCCCCCCCCCUGCUGUGUAUUUCUUAAUCAACACCACUGCAAUGUUUCCUUCACUUUCCAGUCUCCAGAAGGCAAUAGCUUUUCUUCCCCACUUUACUUCAAAAUCUCUGUCUGCAGCCUGCGUUGAACCAUCUUGCCCACUGGGCAUCCCUUUGUCUCUCUUAUAAUUCAGAUUCCCCCUCCCUCCCCAGGAAAGAUGACACCGAAACCCCUUUCUGGACAGGGGCGGGGUGGUGGUGGUAAAAUUCCAACAUGCUACCAAGACAAAAAGCUAAGCUUUUUCUAUCGCUCCCGUUCCUUUUGUAGAAUUCCACCUUCUGAAAUUUUUGCAAAGAUCUAUUUUGAUUACUUAAAGUGGUUAACAUUUCUAUUUAAAAUGUAAAUAGGUUGGUAGGUCAAACAGUGUUCGGUAAUUAUGUAGCUAUUUUUUUUUUACAGGUGUGACUUAAUGCGUGUGAGUUUUAUUAUUUUUUUAAAUGCCAGGCAGGAGUUCCUGUGCCAUUUCAAACCAUAUCAGUAUUGUUGCAAACAGCACAAACACACAAAUCUGAACAAGCGAGGGAAUCUUAGGGCCUUUCCCCACUUACCGUAAGCCCCGCGCUACUUGAGGAGAGUAGCGCGGGGUUCCUCCUCCCUCCCCACGGCAGGGGCGGCCA